GUCAGUAGUAAUCUGCUGAGCAGUGAGGAAGAAGCAGGUAUAGAGAGAGAGAGAAAGAGAGAGCCAAGCCAAGCGACUGGCCUAUUACACACACUGACACACUCGAAGUAUAGUACCAGUGUGAUAAAGGGCUUGAAUAUCGAGUGUCACUUCGGAUACUGAAACAAGUUGACCGUUUCUAAGCGGGGAAUAGAUUUAUAUUUUUUGUUUUCUGUUCAGUGCAGGUUAAUUAGUGCAGGUGCUCGACACUGUCGGUUCUGCAAGUGAAGAAUAUAUAUACGAAGGAGGGUUGAAUGAUAACGGUGUCAUUCCAUUAGAUUCUUUAUCAGUGAUCUGUCCUCCUGACACAAUUGCAAAUUAGUAUUCCGGAUUCCUGUCGAGGGGGAGCCUACUAGAUACUUACUAGGGCAGGGCCAAGUUGGAAUCGCAUCUCGCAGGUGUAUACAGAGGAGCAGAGGAGCGUUUCUCUCGUCGGAGAACCAUCAAAGAGGAACUGGUACAAUGGUCUCUCAUCUAACGCUAAGACUGCUCCUGACGGUGGCGGCGCUGGCGAGCAUGGUGCUUGCGACCAUAGACAUGGCGAAGCUCUGGGGAGCCGACGGAGGAUCGCAAGUCACAUCGUCAACACUGGCUUGGGUCAAGGGAGAAAGGUCGAAGAUUCCCGAACACUCCGUGCCCGUCACUCUGGAGAACCCCUUGGGGCCAUUCUGGUGCCGAGGAAGGCACCGGGGCCAGUACGUACCGGGAGCACUUCAAGACGACGGUACCUGCAUGGUGCCCUUCCUAGGGAAGGCUCAUGUCCUGGAGAAAUUCGACAUCCUCGUCUCCCUCAACGGGUCGGCGCGGCUUCAUCUUAUGCCCUGGGACAAGUACAUGGCCAAGCCUGAAAAGGGUGUCCUCACGCCAGACUUGAUGCUAGCCAUGGUACCCAUGAGUUCGGAUCCAGACUCACCCAUGCUCCCGGGGCACGUAGGCCCCGACCAGCGUUUUAGGAAGGCGUGGCUCCUAAAUGGCACUUCCACCAUACGGGUUGAGAAGGCUUACCUCCUGGUAGAAGAAGAACCUUCCAGUUACUCUCUAGAUAAUAUUGUCUUGGAUGAAGCUCGCGUGCUGCUGAACGAAACCAAGAUCCCCCUGACAAAAGCCACUCUAGAAAACAACGGCGAGGUCGAACAGAAUGUCUCUGCGCUGGUGACCUACGAAGUUCGGGAGAGGCAGUACUGGGGAAGGGUCAAGGGUACUGUGACUGCUCUGAGAGCCAUCAUCACAAAUCCCAAGGAUGCCCCGGUAGCCAUGCCCUCUCCUGGUACUCCCAUGUCUCUUAUGUGGGGCAUUGAUAAUUCCCUGGCUAGAGUUGACACUGCAACACUUAUACACACACUCCCUCCUGGGGUGGGAGUUGAGGUGACUCUAGAAGGAACAUCAAGGCACUUUGAGGCACCUUACUCCGGAACCCUCACAGCACACUACGCUGACGGCACCAAGCAAGCAAGGAGCAUCUUCUCCCUCCACAUACAUGAGGCUCUUGUGGGGGUACUGGCAGUGUACCAACGUUACUACUACAUUACUAAUGGAACUGAAGUUACUGAAAUGCCUUCAACCUCAGACACCCUGUAUGAGCUGACCACAACAACUACCACUACCACAACAACUACCACCACCACAACCACCACCACGACUACCACCACAACAACCACACCACCUCCUACAACCACAGAACCACCUACAACAACUCCCACGACGGAGGUGCCGACCACCGAAGUCCCGCUGGAACCGUACAUCGACAGCGCCUUCCACCCACAGUCUUUGUCAAAGGACUCUGACUCCGAAGCCUCUGACCCCGAGGACGACAACAACACUGGAGUGACCAACCGACCAGCUGAUCGCCUCAUGUCUGCCGUGGCUUCCAUAGUCAUGACAGCAAUCUUCAGGUACUACGUAGUGUUCCCAGCAGUGUGAUUCUCAGCCUGGAAAUGCCCAAGAAUGGAGAAAUGACUUUCCAGAAUGGUGGAGAGUUGCACUUUCGGUCUAAGCUUAGGAGUCCAUCCUCUUCGUGUUGUGGUAAUAUUAAUGACAUAGAUAAUGAUGGUUUUUAUUAUUUGUCUAAAGUUGAGAAGAGUAUUCUAGUACAUACCCAGCAAAAGUUGGAGAAGGUCCAACGUAUAGUGACUUGAAGAAGAGCCUUAACAGAAAUGCAACGAAUACCAAGUAUUGGCUCGCUGGUUAUCCUUCUUUGCAGGAGACUUAAGUACCAGAAGCAACGGCUGCUCGUUUCAUGGCUGGAUUUAUCCACUUCGUCUGUAUAUAUACCUUAAUUAUAUCUUUUGUAUGCUGUCUUGAUUUCAAAAUGUCUCGUCAGAUGCCAUUUCAUGGAAUCCCCAAAAAGGGAACAAUGGUGUGCCUUCUUGUUUUUAGUGUAGAGAUAACUUGAAAAUUAUAAAUUGAAAAUUAACCACUUUCUUCGAUAGAGAUAGAAUUUGCUUAUUCAGGAGGUCAAUGUUUAUAAUAUCAGGUUUCAAAUUUUUCAUUUGAGUGGUUAAGACCACAGAUACACCGCGACAUGAGACAUGUUUGUCGUGAGGAAAUUUGGCUUUAUAAAAUUCAAGGGAAGUUCAGACAAUUACAACAUUAUUUAGUAAACUUUUUUGCAAUGAAGAAUGAUGUGAAGCUUUGCUUUCCUCCUCUGUCUUUUUCUCCCUUCUAGUUCUAAUUAUCUCCCACCUUCUCAUAGCAAUCUUCCUUAUCUCUUGGGGAGUCCGGAAACGUCUUGUAAGUGACUGAGCCUGUUCUGCUGGUACCAUGGAUGCAAAUUCUGCCCAAUUCUGGAGUUGGAAUAAGAAAUGAUUACAGGACUCUCAAUGGCAUUCUCUGAUAAACAACAGCACAUCCUGUAAGAGGGCUAGCGUGGCCCCUUUUUCCGAAGGAUUCUAAAGUGUCCUUUCAUGACAGUCAUCCUUCAUCCCUCUUUCCUGUGAGGUCCAGCUGUUCAUAUGCUUUCGUCAUGACCUGUAAUGGAUGCAUAAUGGCACAGGAAUGACCUCAUUGAGUUACUUGACGAAUUCCAUUGUCAUUGCCGGUGCACUAGGCCUACACUGAUGAGUUCUCAAGUCCUUCAAAGGGUGGAAUUGCCAUCCUACUUAGGCCUAUGUUUUCAUCACUGACGAGUUUCUCUGCCGUAGUGCUUAGGCUUAAGAGGCUUCGAGAAUCAGGGCAUAAAUCUUAACGUAUGUCACAGCUAGAGAUACAUAAAAGUCAGCCCCUAACUUCGAUACUUAAAAUAUGCAGCGUCAGUCUGUUAUAGAUAACUGAGGUUGUCAACCCAAAGUAUACAUAGUGUCAAAUCAUUCAACUUAAGGAAUUCAAAAUAUUAUAACCCAAUAAAUACCCAAAAUGCC